AUGGAUAGAGAUAUUCAAUUACCUUCUGGUGAGGUUCUACCGGUAGAGCUCAAAUACGAAAAGUUGGAAAAAUAUUGUUUUUCAUGCUUCUCUCUGACUCAUGACGAGGAAAACUGUCCCAAGUUAGUUCUUGUCAAUCAGAGAGCAGAUAAACCCCUCAGUAUUAACGAACAAAAGACUCUUUACCGUAUUAAGGUAGAUUGGAAGAGGUAA